CGAACUCCAGGUUCUUUGUGGUGAAAUCUUUCAACUACUUUGCGAAGAUCAUGUCGCAAUCAACAUCGAGCAGUUCCGUCACAAUCACAGGUGUUUCUUCGGAGGAUCGGUUUCGGUCAGUGAACAGCAUGGCAUCCGGCGAUUCUUCUACAUCUACCUCUAGCAUCACUCAGGCGUUUCAUUUUUCUUCCGGGAAUCCUCGUAUCGAAGAAAACAGGGGCGUGAUGCAUUUCUUCCGUAAUGAUGCCGUCUCAUCUCCUUCUGAGUUGCCUGCUGAAAGAAAACCUCUUCUCUGUGUGCUGGGGGUACCCAAUCACAUGACUUAUUCAGACUUCUGUCAGUUUUGUGGUUCAUUUGUGCAACAUAUGCUAGAAAUGCGAAUCGUCAGGAAUGAAGGAAUAGAAGACAGAUAUAGUAUAUUGAUAAGGUUUGAUGAUCAAAAUUCUGCUGACUCUUUCUACAAACAUUUUAGUGGUAGACAUUUCUCGUCUCUUGAGGAAGAAGCCUGCUGUGUGCUUUUCACAGGUGAUGUACAUUACACUGGAUCAAUUGACCAUUUGCAGAUAUCUCCUCCAAGCACUAUAGAGCAGCCUUCAUGUCCAGUCUGUCUAGAGCGACUGGACAUGGACACAAGUGGGAUUUUAACAACAAUUUGCAAUCAUUCUUUUCAUUGUUCUUGUAUCUCCAAAUGGACAGAUUCUUCUUGCCCGGUGUGUCGAUAUUGCCAGCAGCAGCCGGAGAAAUCAAUAUGUAUUAUUUGUCAAACAUCCGAUAAUCUCUGGAUGUGUGUUAUAUGUGGUUUUGUUGGUUGUGGAAGAUAUAAAGAUGAACAUGCUAAAAGGCACUGGAAAGAAACACACCAUUGCUAUGCACUUGAAUUGGAAACAAGACGUGUCUGGGACUAUGCUGGAGACAACUAUGUUCACCGAUUAAUUCUAUCUAAGACUGAUGGGGAAUUGGUUGAGUUGAACCACCAUUGUGUACACAGGAGUGAAGGUUGUUAUAAUUGUGAAUGUGGCGUUGAUCCUGCAUUUAGUGAAGCUCUUCAAAAUAGCAAAGUUGAAGCUAUCGUCAAUGAGUAUAAUGAGCUCCUGACAACACAACUUGAGAACCAGAAAGUGGUAUCUUUAAUUUAGCACCAAAUUGAGCUUAUUUUUUACUCUCUCUGUCCGGUUUUAAUUGUCAGCUUUCUAAAAUAACACAAAUGUAAAGAAUGAUGUUGAAAUAACAAAAAAACUCUAUGAAUUUGCUUAUCAUUUAUUGAUGAAAACAAUGCUAAUACUCCCUCCGUUCUAUAAAAGUGUUCCUAUUUUGACUUUGUGUAAAAAUAAGAAAGUGUUAAAUUAUAGUUGACUUCCAAUUUUGCCCUUGAUGUGAUGGAUAAAAGUAAGAUGUGAUGGAUUGAGUAUUAGAGAAAAAGUAUGAUGUGAUAGGUAGGGUAUGAAAAAGUAAGGGUAAAAAUGGUUUUUUAAUAGAAAGUAGAAGUGUUUUGUUGGAAGUAAGAAAAAUGGAAGAGGAAGAGUUUUUGAGAACGGAGGGAGUAUGAUAUUUGGGGGAUAUUUUAGAUAAUUUCCUAUUAUUUAUUUACUUAAGCUGGAAAGUGGACAGUAAAUUCUUGUCGCCCCAAAAAAGAAAAGUAGACAACUAAAUCAGGACGGAUGGAGUUCACACCUUUAGUUAGCUCUGAUUAACUUCAAUGAAUGCUUUGGAUAAGGACAAGUAUCACUUUCAAUUGCUGUAGUAACAGCCUGCUUUUACCUUAGUACUUUGAGUCUUUACUACAAGAGGUUGAAGAAGAAAGUGAAAGGGACACUUUAGAAGCUGUUGAGAAAGCUCUAAAACAGAAUCCUAGGCUGAUUAAGAUGCAGACACGGUUGGACAAAUGCACCAAAGAGAAGAAAUUUCAGGACGAUAUCUAUGAAAAUCUUUUCAGAAACCAGACAAUAUGGGAAACCAAAUUAGUUGAAAUGGAGGAAAGGGAACACAAGCUCCGGAAGCUGAAAGACCAGAAGAUUAGUGAUUUGGAGGAAGAGCUUAUGAAUUUGAUGGCAUGCUUAGAAUCAAUGAAUACAAUGCCACAGCUGCCACUAUCAGACUAAACUGGCAAGGAUGUGCCAAAAUUUGGAUCACUUUCAUGAGAGGCCAUUCAUGCCCCCUAGUGCCAAUGACUACUUCAGCUUUUACUCAUUCUGGUGCUGAAAUGGCAUAUGAAUAUCAGGUCCAUUGUGUUGCACCAAUGGAACAUAACAUUAAAACAAUGAGAUUCUCUCCAAAACAAAUGACCAAAGGUAUGACAGACAUAUUUUCUGGUCAAUGGGCUUUUGAUACUCUGUGAUAUGCAAUCAUGUGUAUAUUGGGGUCAGAAUUUAGCAUUGUUAGGAUGACAAUGUUUUCUGCACAACAAGUUCUACAUAAACUGGCACACCAUCACACUAUUUUUUAUUGUUAUAGUCAUUUGUCUUGUUUACGUAAUACUCUUCUUUGUUUGCUCACAGAAUGGAUGGAUAUUUGUGAGAAUACAUGUUUGUGUAUGUG